GGCGACUGCUGCUGCUACUGGGGUCCUUCCCUCUUUCUCCCAGGGCAGGGCUAGGCCUUUGCAUGGGCGGUGUGUCACUGGAGGUUGAGCGGGGCCGUCGCCGCUGACGGUGAGGGGCCUUCUUCCCCGCUCAGAAGGGUUCUUGCAGCGCAGAUUUUACUGCAUACUGUCAAGAUGAGCCCGUCACAGUGGGACUUUCCGGUGGAACUAUGUUGCCGGCCUAUGGCCUUUGUUACACUCACAGGCUUGGAUGUAGUGUAUAAUGCUGUUCAUCGGGCAGUUUGGGAUGCGUUUUGUGCAAAUAGGAGAGCAGACAGAGUACCAAUUUCUUUUAAAGUACUCCCUGGAGAUCAUGAGUAUCCUAAAUGUAGAACAAAGAGAACGUCAUAUGAAUGGUACAUUCCAAAAGGCAUCUUGAAGACGGGUUGGAUGAACAAGCAUCUGAAUUUGGUGCCUGCGCUUGUUGUGGUGUUCUAUGAACUUGACUGGGAUGAGCCACAGUGGAAAGAAAAACAGUCAGAGUGUGCUACAAGAGUUGAAAUUGUUAGGCAGAGUUUGCAAGGAAGAAACACAAAAGUUGCUGUAGUUUUGAUUCAGAAGAAAACACCAUUACCUCCAGGAGAAGAUGUUAUUGCUUCUGAAAGAGCAGCAGCUUUAUGUAAUGCUUGUGACCUCUCUGGAAAAUCCCUGUUUGUUUUGCCACACACUGAUCAUCUUGUAGGUUAUAUUAUAAGGUUAGAGAAUGCUUUCUAUGAACAUGCACAGACCUAUUACUACACAGAAAUCCGAAGGGUGAAAUCUCAUAAAGAAUAUCUAAACAAAACAACACAUCAGCUUUUAUUUGUUAGACAUCAGUUCAAAAUAGCAUUCUUCAGUGAGUUGAAGCAGGACACACAGAAUGCUCUAAAAAACUACAGAACUGCAUAUAAUCUUGUUCAUGAAUUGAGAGCUCAUGAAACCAAUAUGCUGGAAAUCAAGACAAUGGCAGGAUUUAUAAAUUACAAGAUUUGCCGCCUGUGUUUUCAGCAUAAUACACCACUGGAUGCAAUUGCGCAGUUUAGAAAACACAUAGAUUUGUGCAAGAAAAAAAUAGGGAGUGCGGAGUUGGCUUUUGAGCACGCUGCCUGGAUGUCAAAACAAUUUCAAGCUUUUGGAGACUUGUUCGAUGAAGCUAUUAAACUAGGAUUGACUGCUAUACAGACACAAAAUCCAGGUUUUUAUUACCAGCAGGCAGCAUACUAUGCACAAGAACGGAAGCAAUUGGCAAAUAUCCUCUGUAAUCAUGAGCCUUCUGUGAUGUACCCCAAUCCGGAUCCACUGGAAACUCAAACUGGAAUGCUUGACUUCUAUGGACAAAGGCCAUGGAGGCAGGGAAUACUAAGUUUUGAUCUCAAUGAUUCUGAAAAGGAAAAAAUAGGAAUUUUGGCACUGCAACUGAAAGAGAAGAGGGUUCUUCAUUCUGAGUUGAUCAUCACCUUGCUGAGUAAUGCAGUUGCUCAAUUCAAGAAGUACAAAUGCCCAAGAAUGAAAAGUCAUUUGAUGGUUCAGAUGGGUGAAGAAUAUUACUAUGCUAAAGAUUACACCAAAGCUUUGAAGCUGCUCGAUUACGUUUUGUGUGAUUACCGUAGUGAAGGAUGGUGGACUCUCCUGACUUCUAUCCUGAGCACAGCUCUUAAAUGUUCCUAUCUUAUGGCUCAAAUAAAAGAUUAUAUUACAUACUCAUUAGAGCUCCUGGGGAGAGCAUCUACUUUGAAAGAGGAUCAAAAAUCUCGAAUAGAAAAGAAUCUGAUCAAAGUUCUCAUGAAUGAGAAUCCAGACGCAGAACCUGACUGUGAUACUGCUUCUGUGAAAGCAGCACAGAAGUUGUGGGCUGAUCGAGUUUCUCUGGCAGGCAGUAAUAUUUUUACAAUAGAAGUUCAAGAUUUUGUUCCAUUUGUGCAGUGCAAAGCCAAAUUUCUUGCUCCAAGUUUUCACGUCGAUGCACCAGUUCAGUUUGACAUAUACUUGAAAGCUGAUUGCCCACAUCCUAUCCGGUUUUCUAAGUUAUGUGUCAGUUUCAAUAAUCAGGAAUACAACCAGUACUGCAUGGUGGAAGAAGCCUGUCAAAAAAGUGAAAUCUUGGAACCAUCCACACAGGGCACGUUGUGUCUUAUCCCUGGUAAAACAAAGAAGUUCACUUUCAAAUUUGUGGCAAAAACAGAGGACGUUGGAAAGAAGAUUGAGAUCACAUCGGUGGAUUUGAUUCUGGGCGGUGAGAGUGGCAGGUGUGUGAUGGUGAACUGGCACGGAGGAGGAGGAGAUGCUGCUGCUUCUCAAGAAGCAUUGCUGGCUGCUCGUUCCUUCAAAAGGCGACCUAAACUUCCAGAUAAUGACAUUCAUUGGGACAGCCUGAGUGUUCAGGCAAGCACCAUGAUCAUUUCUAGAGUGCCAAACAUUUCUGUCCAGCUUAGUCAUGAACCUCCCGCCCUGACGAAUGAAAUGUACUGUUUGGUGGUGACAAUCCAGUCACAUGAGAAGACGGUUGCCAAAGAUGUAAAGCUCACAGCAGGCUUAAAACCAGGCCAAGAUGCAAACCUGACUCAGAAAACUCAUGUGACUCUAAAUGGAACAGAAAUGUGUGAUGAUUCCUAUCCUGCCCUACUUCAUGAUAUCCCUGUAGGAGACUUGCAACCAGGUGAAAAGCUGGAAAAAUCUAUAUAUCUUCACUGUGGAACAGUUGGUACUAGGAUGUUUCUCGUAUAUGUUUCCUACCUAGUGAGUGCAACCAUUGAGGGGAAAGAGAUUCUCUGCAAGUGUCACAGGGAUGAGACAGUUACUAUAGAAACAGUAUUUCCUUUUGAUGUCGCCGUUAGGUUUGCCUCAACUAAGUUUGAGCAUUUAGAUAAGGUCUUUGCAGACAUACCAUUUUUACUGAUGACAGACAUCCUAAGUGCUUCACCUUGGGCCCUGACUGUUGUAACUACCCAGCUGCAGCUUUCUUCUUCUAUGACAGCAGUGGAUCAGCUGGAAUCUUAUGUGGAAAAUGUUGUUUUACAGACAGGUGAGAGUGCUAGUGAAUGUUUUUGCCUUCGUUGUCCACCAGUUACCGGUCAAGGUGGAGUGGUUACUGGAUAUUAUGUAAUCUCCUGGAAAAGGAGCUCAGCUGUGAAGAGCAUACCUGUUAAUACUGUGAUCACACUCCCCCACGUUAUCGCAGAAAGUAUCCCACUCCAUGUUAAUGCAGAUCUGCCCUCAUUUGGUCGAGUCAGAGAAUCUUUACCUGUAAAAUAUCACCUACAGAAUAAGACUAAUUUAGUUCAAGAUGUAGAAGUAUCAGUGGAACCCAGUGAUGCCUUCAUGUUUUCUGGCCUUAAGCAGAUAAGAUUGCGAAUCCUUCCUGGUACUGAACAAGAAAUGUUAUACAACUUCUAUCCUCUCAUGGCUGGAUAUCAACAGCUGCCAUCACUCAACAUCAACCUGCUCCGGUUUCCACACUUCACUAACCAGCUGCUUAGAAGGUUUAUACCAACACACAUCUUCGUAAAGGAAUUACGCUGGUGGCUAGGAAGAGACCUGUCCAGGCAGACCACAGGGCCGUCAACCAGAUGAUGCUUCUAUUGCUGCUGCAUAACUGAGGAUUCGUGCACAAGGGAAACAAUUUUGCACAGAAUAUAUAGAACUCUUUCUUUUUCAAGCUCUAGCUUUGCUCAAGCUACAAACAAAAACAUUAUCUGUAGAUUGGUAAUAACUGCUAGGACUAACUAAUUUUCUGUGUGGACUUGAUUCUAACGAAUAAAUACACAGGAAAAUGUCCAUGUUUUAUUUAACAUUUUUUGACUUUUCUGAAAGUUAAAUGGAAGUGUUAUUUAUUAUGUAUAUUGAAUAUAGGUGAAGUUAACUUGGCCAAAAUGAAAAUAAUAAUAAUUCUGGCUUCACUAGUGUUGUUUUGAGGUGCAAUGUGUGUGGCAUAUGUUGCAAUAAUUGAUUCCCCCUUCAGAUUUUAUAGCAUUGAAAUGUCUCUUCUUUAUAGACCCUUGUUUUUGUGGCACUCUGCAUUCCGUGUAAAGAGCGGGAUCCAUUCAUAUCCUUAUUGUCUUAGCAGGCUCUGGCUACUUGGCACACGAUGCAUAAUUCCAGGUGUUGAAUGAACAAGUGUGUCAUUUCAUAGUAAAACCUGGUGAUGCUUCAGACCUGUUGGCUACUAAGUACUGCAGUGCUAUAGCUACUGUGAAGCUGCUUUGGAGGGCUUUUCUUUACCCCUGAGGAACAGGCAAAAGAUACUGGUGAAUGUAAGUAUGAAGGAAGGAUCUCACAGCACUGAAAAACUGGUGGUUCCUAAGGGUAGCUUUAAGCUGCUGUUACAACGGUAGGCAAAUCCAGGCUUCUUUAUUCAGUCUUUUGCUAUAGGAGGAGAGAAACCCUAAAUUAUUCAGUACUAGGGAAUGCUGUGGCUGGAUUUUGUUUUCAAGGAGCCACAUGUAUCUACGAAAUGCCAACCACCCUUGCAGAACUUUCCCAUAAAGCCAUGCCAUGGUAGGCCUUUUGGGACAAGCUGAAACUUUUGAUUAAUGCAUACAUGUGUGAAAUCGUUGUUGUUUUUAGGACAGGCCUGUUACUACUGACUAGCUCAAAAAUACUUUCCACCGUAAACUGUAGUCGCUAUCUAUAAAUUGGAAACAAGUUUAUGAAAAAUGCCCCACUGCAAUGCGGUAGUAUCAUCUAGCUGUAAAAAAUUUACCCAGUUCAGCCACCUUCCUUUUAUCAGGGUAACUCUGCAUGUAGAACAUCAGUUAAUUAGUUAAGAGAAAUCCAUUAUAUCAAUGUUUAUAUGAAAUGGUGUUUAGAAUAUUCGCAGUAAAUCAUGUAAAUAAAAUCUGUUUUGUGAGAUUUUCCCAUUGUUUAAAUAAUAAAUUAAUUUAAGCUUUG